AUGGAUGCUUCUACGAUGACGGACGAGACCACGAAGACGUACGAUGCCGAUGAAGCUGUUCUGAAGCUUGCUUGUGCUACGCCCCUACCAGAGGAUACCCCAGUCCAUACCACCCCAUCCGCUUGCCCGCCGGAAGCGGUCCAUACUUCAUCUCACGAAGAUAGCUCCGGUCAGCCUAGCGCAUCCUCUCCGCCUGCACGACCAGAACAGCCCACUCCGCAGCCGCCGAGACGGGCUCGCCGCACUCGACCCCCGUCUCUGGACAUCUUCGUUGAUGCUGAUCCUGCACACCGUCCACCGCAGCCAAAGAAGCCAUUCGGUAGAAAGGAUGGUCGCAUUCCUUUGGGCGUCAGGAAAGACUCAGGCAACGCUUCACCGUCGCCGUCCCCACGCGACCCGACGACGCCGUUCCGGUUCCGCGCCGAUGAUCCCUUCUGGCAGGCGACUGAGAAUUACUAUUCUCCACCACCUUCUCCAUUCACGCGUUCGCCUGGCCCUAGCCCGACAUUCGGGGUGCCUCUACCUGGCAAUGCGCAUCUGCCCCGCUCUAACCGGCCGCGCGUGUCUCACUCUCGUCUCGGACCGAAGUCUAUGGUCCUCUACAACCUCCUAGAGCUGUCAGAUUGGCGAGCUUGCAGCGAGGAAAUCAGGGCGGCCUACCGCCGGGUCGCUAUGAAGUUCCACCCGGACAAGGUUGUCGGCGAAGAGAUGGAGGCAGCAACUUUGAAGAUGCAGCAAAUCAAUGCUGCCAAGGAGGUGCUCUUGGACGCGGCCGCUCGCAAGAAGUACCACAAGACCGGCAAGCUACCAUGGAGCGUUUGA